GAAGAAGAGCAUCGCAUCAGUGCCAGCAUCACACCCUGAUUUGACCUAAGGUGCUGUGCAGGCUGUCCACUUUAUCGUUUUCCCCCAUCCCCUCACUCCCAAUAUGUCCUUCGAUUUCGCAAACAUCACUGUGAAUGACCUCACAGGAAGGGUCACCAAGACAGAGCAAAUCGCGAAUGGACAGUGCGCAGAAGUAUGGAAAGGCACCUACACAAUAGGAGGUCAACCAAUUAUUGUGGCCGUGAAGAUCAUGAGAUCAACGUUAUUUCUCGACCGUCAAACUGCAGGACAAACAAUACGGAGGCUCCUGCGAGAAACAGGAGUAUGGAGUACAUGUAUUCAUCCUCACUUGGCCCCGUUUAUUGGUAUAUGUUAUGAAGUAACGCGAGAAUAUCGCUUCCCUUGUUUGAUAUCUCCAUUCUACAAGAACGGAACUAUCAUGCAGUACCUAAAACACAAUGCAAACGUUGUGCGGAUGGACUUGCUUCGCCAAUUUCUUUAUGGAUUGGCUUAUUUACAUGGUCGUUCGUGUGCAAUCGUUCACGGGGAUAUCAAACCUACAAAUAUUCUCAUCGACGACGAGGGCAAUGCGGUGUUGGCAGACUUUGGACAUUCUCGAAUCCUUGGGAAUUCUGGGUUCACGACAAGCACGAUGACCAUAGCUGGCACGUUCCGCUACAUGGCGCCGGAGUUGAUGGUACCUGAAAAUCCAGACAUAGCACCAACACCAACAAUAGCAUCGGAUAUCUGGGCAGCAGGAAUGACGGGCCUGGAGAUUCUCUCUGGCAAGAUCCCGUAUGUGGAAUUAAAAACGGACAGCCAAUUAGUCGCAGCCAUGGUGGCUAAUAAAUUACCCGACAAGGCAUCCUACCCUCUCAUUCGCCACGGUGCAUGGUCUGCGUUUGAAUAUUGUUGGAAAAAGAACCCGAGUGAACGACCAGAUGUGAAGCGAUUGAGUAAAUACUUGGAUGAAAAAUAUGGAUCUGACUCAGGUCAAUCGACCAGACCUACUAGAACUCGCGGUUGAAGUAGACAUAGAUAUUUGUUCAAAUCAUAUCUGCAACCUAUGGAUAAAUUAUUUGUUGGUGUUGAGGUGCCCACUCUUUCGUUGACACUGCAUAAUGAUAGGGGCCAUUUGCAUCACGUCUAA